AUGACGCAACCUUCAUCCAUAACCUCAGGCCACCUCUAUUUCCUGGAUAUCGGCAUCUCAACCCCCGAGUUCAACGGGCGCAUCCUAACCUGCAAGCCCGAUGGCUCCGGUCUCCGCGAGCUGGUAACAAACAUCGAAACGAUGCCGGAUGGAAUCGCCGUCGACAAACCCAACGGCCACAUAUACUGGACGAACAUGGGCAUCCCAUCCGCCGACGACGGGUCCAUCCAGCGCUGUGAUCUGUCCGGAGCCAACAUCGUGACGAUUGUACCCAAUGGCAUCACGCACACACCCAAGCAAUUGACCGUCGCACCGCAAUCGAAAAAGUUAUACUGGUCUGACCGCGAGGGCACGAGAGUCAUGCGGGCAAACAUGGACGGGAGCGAGGUCGAGGUACUGUACCGGCCUGACACGGCAGACGCCGGAAAUCCCUAUGAACAUUGGUGCGUUGGGAUCGCAGUUGACGAGGAGUCCGGGCACAUCUACUGGUCGCAGAAAGGCCCGUCCAAGGGCAACAAAGGACGGAUAUUCCGCAUGACUGUUGACCUGCAAGCUGGAGAGACAGUCGAGAACAGAAAGAUCGAGUGUCUUCUCGACACUCUUCCGGAACCCAUCGACCUGGAGCUGGAUACCUCUUCGAGAAAGUUAUACUGGACAGACCGUGGAGAUCAACCGUAUGGAAACUCGGUCAAUGUUUUUGAUCUUGACACCUUAAAGGAAACACCUGCAGCCCAACGGAAGCCCGAUGUCCUUGUCCGCAAACUCCAUGAAGGGAUUGGGAUUGCUCUGGACCCCAAGAACAACCGCAUGUUCUUCGGUGAUCUGGGAGGCUCGUUGUACAGCGCCAAUUUGGAUGGCAGCUGCAAGCAUGUUAUAUUCCCUGAUAUUGGGGGCGCGGUUACGGGUGUUGCUUAUGUGGAAGAAUAG